AUGGGAAAACGGCACGGACCGGACCCCCGCCCCGCCGCCGGCCACAGCAUUCGCCGGCGCUGGUGUCGGAGUCCUCCUCAUCCUCCUCAUUCGGGUCGGCGGAACGGGCUGGUUCUGUCUGAGCAGUGUGCACGAACGGGCGCUCAAGACCACCACCAACGUUACUUCAUUCGUCAGCCAUCGCCGGGGCCGAACCUGCGCUGCCCCUCCUCGUCCUUGCCCCUCUACGUCUACUCCCGAGUGGAUGAAAGCAUCCACAGGGCAAAAUACGAGGUGUUUCCACCCACCCUUGUGGUAGCUGGUGGUGUGGACCUUUUUCUCAAGUCGUGGGAGAACAUCUCCCCUCUCUCCCACGCCAUGCUGAGCAUCCUUAGGCAAGGACAUUGGAGCAGUGGGGACCUGAAAGUGGAAGAGGAACUUUGUGUUCUGCCACUUGCUGCCUCAGGGACAGAGCCAGUGGAGCUGUGCAGCGACUGUGGUGCUGGGGAGGCUCUGGGGGGAGGUGUGUGGUCCCUGAGCACGGUGCUGUGUGACGCCCUGAUGACCAUGGACGUGAUGCUGUGCACGGCAUCCAUCUUCAACCUGUGUGCGAUCAGCGUGGACCGGUUCAUCGCCGUUCAAGUCCCGCUCAACUACAACCGGCGGCAGAUCGACCUGCGGCAGCUGAUCCUGAUAUCCACCACCUGGAUAUUCGCCUUUGCUGUAGCAUCUCCUGUCAUAUUUGGCCUCAACAACGUCCCAAACCGGGACCCCAGCCUGUGCCAGCUGGAGGAUGACAACUACAUCGUGUACUCCUCCAUCUGCUCCUUCUUCAUCCCGUGCCCCGUCAUGCUGGUGCUGUACUGCGGCAUGUUCCAAGGACUCAAGCGCUGGGAAGAGGCCAGGAAGGCCAAGCUGAGGGGCUGCAUCUAUGGGGCCAACAAGAAGCUGUACCACCCCCCAACCUUCCUGGAGAGGGAGCAGAGCCGGCUGGGGCCGCCGGAGUGCAGCCCCUACAGCCUCACUGGCCUCCCUGGGGACUGUGGGAUGAGCAAUGGGAUCCAGACUGUGUCCUACCCACACCUCAGGUACCCACACCCGGGGCACGGGCGGAAGCGGGCCAAGAUCAACGGCCGGGAGCGCAAGGCCAUGCGGGUGCUGCCGGUCGUCGUCGGUGCUUUCCUCUUCUGCUGGACACCUUUCUUUGUGGUGCACAUUACCAGGGCUCUCUGCAAGUCCUGUGCCAUCCCCACUCAAGUCACCAGCACUGUCACUUGGCUGGGCUAUGUCAACAGUGCUCUCAACCCCAUCAUUUACACCGUGUUCAACGCCGAGUUCAGGAACUUCUUCCGCAAAGUCUUGCACCUCUUCUGCUGAGCCCUCUGGGACUGGUGAGGAGGAGGAACCUCCAGGGAGCAGGAACCACCAGGUGAUUUUUUGUAUAGUUCAUUAAAGAUCUAUUUCUG